AUGCCGCGGCGCGAGCGCGGGGGCUCGGGAACCUCCUCGGAUCUUCGUCUGCGCAAGGCCUGCGAUCGGUGUCAUGCGCAGAAACUGGGAUGCCAGCGUGAGGCAAUUGGUGAAAAGUGUGUGCGGUGCGAGAAAGCUGACAAGCCGUGCACAUGGAGCAUCUCCCUCCGGAACCGUCGUGCUCCGACUCGCAAAGAACAACCCCACCAGCAACAACAACAACAUACAACCAUGGCAAGAAACGCGAGGGAAGAACAAGCACAAGAAGACGAAGAUGAUGAAGACGAAGACAUACUCUGCAGCGACAAUCCCACUCCUUCCGAGGCAAUAGCGGAGCUUCAUUCCCGUCCAGGCGGCCCUAUCAACAGACUGAUCUCCGAAUCUCUCGACCCGGCCACUAUGCCGAUAGAUCUUGCAUCCGUCCUAGUAUCCGAUGGGGGCUUUGGUUUGAUGACGCCGUUGUUGACCAACUCCGGCUCCUGGCUGGGUGGGACACAAUUGGGCACCACAACCCUAAUCGGAGAGCCACCCGGAUUCUGGUCAUCAGCAGCCAGGGGGUUACCUCAUUCCCCCAAUGGUCGAGCGACCACCAUGGAUCUACCUCCGGCUGAGUUCGAGAUGAAUCUACCGAGUGUACCACCUCCGUCCUACCCCCCGACUCAUCAACCAGACCAACAGCCACCGACAACAGGCCCACCAUCCUUCCCCAACCCGCAGUGGCUGAAGGAGCUCUUCGACAACAACGCCCGGCUGUACCGGAACUGGCUCGCCGUCUCUUCUAACGUGACCACCAACCGGAACAACCCAAUGUUCACGACGACGAGCCAUAGCUGUGCAAGCUCGCCUGCCUUCGCCGAUGAAGCCAUCCAACUCUCAACUCAGUUGAUACGCAUUAUCCGCGGGCUCCUCCACCACCACCACGACGAGUCAAACUGUCAACAAGCAUCAACCCCGAAACGCAGGGCCCGUCCGGAGGAGGAGCUGGAUCUGGACAGCCCGGGGCUGGACCUAGGCUCUUUACUCAUCGUUCUCUCCUCGUACUUCCGCAUCCUGGAGAUCUUCAGCAUGUUAUCGCACGCCCUGGAGGCGGCCGCCGCCGCCGCCGCAGGAUCUAGCGCGCAUUACCGGGCCCCAAGGAUCCCGCCGGUCGUGCGACUUCCGGCCAUCGUAGUAGGGUCGUUAGACCUCGCUUCCAACACCUCCCUUUCCACCGUGUUAUUUUUGGAGGUAAUCGAGGAUCUUUUGACCACCCUCGCGGCGCUGGUUCCCUCCAUCGCGCAAUGGCCAUCGCAUCCUCACCAUCAUCAUGCGCCACCACGUCUUGAUCCCGGUUGGCAGGGAAGCGACACGCACCGGCCGGACGCGGGCUCCGAUCGCUUAGGCCUUCAACUCCAAGGCAAGGAGGAUGAGAUCCGGCGAGUCAUCCGUGCUAUCCGUGCGAGAUUGGGGAGAAAAUAUGAUAAAUCGGCGGUUUGA